AUGGACUGGCCUCUCGAGGACCCCGCCUUCUUUGAUAAAGAUCUGGACAACCUCUACUGCUACGAGCAACGAAGGAGCAAAGCAGUCUACCGCUUCGAGGGUGACGUGGUAUUGAUGAUCCUACAGCGCCUUUGUGAUACAGACGAGGAUGUGUCAAGAUGGCUCAAACAGCUAGAACACAGUCUCGCCGCCCGCGCCGAGCAACCCGACAUCCAGCACAACCCAGCGAUUCUUGAGUACCUCCCUUUCUCGCGGGAGAGCUUUAAACAGAUCGUUACAUGCCUGCCACUGCACGGGGACACAGCGCGGGUCGUCAACCGCUACAACAUGGCUUUCUUCACGAGCAUCGACCUGCUCGACAGCCCGGCAAACGCGCUCUUCCACAUCCUACGCACGACAGCCACCCACCCCGGCGACCUCGCCCUCUCCUCCGUCUCCCACCCAACCACCCAGAAGCAGAAGGGACCCGACACCAGCAACCUCAACAACACCAACCCCAGCAACACCAACCCCAGCAACACCAACCUCAACAACACCAACCUCAACAACACCAAGACCAAGACCAAGACCAAGACCAAGACCAGAAUCAAGACCAAGAACAAAAGCAAGACCCCCAAGACCCCAACACCACCACCCCGCAAGAAACCCCCUUCUUCACAGCCGCCCUCCUCCUCGGCUGCACCCCCUCCGACACCUCCACCCUCACCGCCCGCCUCGCAUGCGCCUCAGGCUCGCCCGCCGCCCACGCCGCCUACCACCCGCUCCUCCUCGCGGGCCUGGGCGGAGUAUGAGGUUUAUGGGAGGGAGUGUUCGAUGGUGAUUGAGGGGAUGGCGCUGUCGGCGCAGUUGUCGUGGAGCCAGAUCGGGUACCAGGAUGCGCAGGCCAACCUCAAGAUCGCGAGUGAUGCGCGGGAGGACUCGAAACAGAUGCGGUCGAUUGCGUUUCUCACCAUGGUGUUUCUCCCUGCCACGUUCCUUGCGACCGUUUUCUCCACGACCUUCUUCAACUGGAAACCGGGAGAGGGAGAAUGCUGUCCUCUCAUGCUGGAUCUGGUUUACUAG